CAUUUUCAUCUUCACCAAAAACCCCAUUUUUCUUUGCUUUCAUCUUCUCCAAAAACCCCUUUCUUCAUCAGCAAAACUCUUUCAAAAUCUCGCCAUAGGAUACUUUAGGAUUAUAAAAGCUUUAAAAACAGCAUGAGCACACAGGAAUUAGGGAAAUUUCCAGAAAGGGAUGUCAAAAAUGCUCAGAGGAGGAGAAUUCUACCAGACCUGGACCUCAACAAUCCACCGCCUGAUGAGAGCACGACCCCGGCUGACAUAUCCUUCAAUUUCAAUUCUCAACAGUGUCCACCUGAAGCGUGCCAAGGUUAUCAAGAGGAAAGCAGAAGUAUUGAGAUCAUUGAUGAUGAUGUUGCUAUAAUUGACCAAAGUAUGUUUGAUGAGGCCAAGAACAAUUAUCGGAGAAACCAGUCUCAGGUUAUCGAUGGGCUAAAAGAUGUGCCUAAUGAGGCUGGCGGAUUGUUAAAUAGUCUUUCAGGUAGCAAAACGGCGAACUGGUACUGCAAGCAAAGAAGAGAUCCGAUGGAUGAAGUAAUUACUAGUAGAUAUCUUAGCAUGAUGGAAGAAGCUAGUAACAGAGACAAGGAGAAGAAUGUUGUGAAACCAGUAGAGUUUUCGAAGAAUCCUGAGCCCGAGGCGCCCAGUUUCAUUUGUCCGAUCUGCAUCGGUCCAAUGAGUAUGGCAACAACAACAAAGUGUGGCCAUGUGUUCUGCCAGGAAUGCAUAAAGAAAGCCAUUGCAGCUCAAGGGAAAUGUCCUACUUGCAGGAAGAAACUUGGAAAGAGAGGCAUCAUCAGGGUGUUUCUUCCAACAACCAAUUGAAUGAAUAAAUCAUAGUGUAAUGCCUUUGAAUUAAUGAUACAGCUUGUUAUUUAUUUGCUUGAAGUUGGUGAUGACAGUCUUCACUUCCCUUUGGGCAAAGAUAUUGAUGUUGAAAUAGAGGACUUAA